AUGCCCAAGAAGGAUGAUGAUGCCAAAAGCCCAGCAUCAGAGACAGUGCCAGACCAGCACUGGAAGCUACAAGUUUUCUACCUCUGCUUCUACGGCUUCAUGACGCAGAUCCGGCCCGGGGAGAGCUUCAUCACCCCCUAUCUCCUGGGGGCUGACAAGGACAAGAACUUCACGCAGGCAGAGGUAACCAAUGUGAUCACGCCGGUGCUGAGCUACUCCUACAUGGCCGUGCUGGUGCCCAUCUUCCCGCUGGCGGGACCACCAGUGCUGGUGCUGCAGAGCCUGAGCCACAUUACCAUCUGGCUACUCUUGGUGUUGGGGACCUCUGUCCUGGCCAUGCAGCUGAUGGAGUUCUUCUACGGCAUCACUAUGGCUGCCCGCAUUGCCUACUCCUCCUACAUCUUCUCUCUCGUUGCCCCAUCCCGUUACCAGCGUAUGGCCAGCUACUCCCGCUCUGCUGUCCUCCUGGGCGUCUUCACCAGCUCCGUGCUGGGCCAGCUCUGUGUCACCUUCGGUGGUGUCUCCUUUCUCACCCUCAACUACAUCUCGUUGGGCUUCGUCAGCUUUGGCCUCAUCCUCACCCUCUUCCUCGAGCGGCCGCGGCGCAGCCUUUUCUUUAAUCGGCCCGAGGGGGCUUGUGACAGGGCUGCACCCACCGAGCUGGACAAGAUGGCCACAGGGCACAGUGGUGGGGGAACGCGGGGCUGGCGGGGGAUGGUGCUGUGCCGUAUGCUGCGGGAGGUGGGAGCAUUGACUGGGCAACCCCAGCUCCGGCUCUGGUCACUGUGGUGGAUCUUCAACUCUCCCGGUUACUACCUGAUGCUGUACAAUGCGCAUAUCCUCUGGAAUGAGAUCUCCUUCCCCAUGGACAAGCGAUGGGUGUACAAUGGAGGAGUGGACGCUGCCUCCACGCUGCUGGGUGCUGGUGCCUCCUUUGCUGCUGGCUAUAUGAAGAUCCGCUGGACGCUGUGGUCGGAGCUGGUGAUCGGGGUGGUGACAGCUUUCCAGGCAGGGCUGCUCCUGCUCAUGAACACCACCUGCAACAUCUGGCUGUGCUAUGCCGCCUACGUCCUCUUCCGCGGCUCCCACCAGUUCCUGGUGCCCAUCGCCAUUUUCCAGAUCGCUACCUCCCUCUCCAAAGAGCUCUGCGCACUGGUCUUCGGUGUCAACACCUUUUUUGCCACUGUGCUGAAGACCAUCAUCACCAUCAUCGUGGCUGACAAGAGGGGCUUGGGCUUGUCUGUGCAUCCCCAGUUUAAUGUGUAUUUCGGCUACUUCACGCUGCUGGCGGCUGUCUACCUGCUGGCGGCCAUUGGCGACGCGCAACCCCCCGGGCCGAGCUGGCCUGGCCCAAGGAGCCGUGCCAGCCCCUCACCGAGGCGCUGGCACCAGAGAAGAGCCCGGAGACAGGCGAUGUGCGAGCCUGAGCGCCAGCACUGCGACCACCGCAACCGGUCUCAGCUCAAUAAGCAAACAUCACCAUCACCACGUGCUUCAUCUCCCAUCCCACCGUCAGUCCUCGGGGCUGGCCCGUUGAGGACAUAA